AUGGAUCGCAGCGAGCUUCAGUACGAUAGAUUGGCGACAAGUGAACGGUUAGUUUGGCCCAAUGUUAAACUGAGCGACAAUAAUGUAUUGCGUCAAGAUUUUCGUUUAAAAGCAAGGAUUUUGUUUGCUGUUCGUGGUCGAUAAACAGUACUGAAAUUUGCAUAAAGUAUGUGUUCUUUAUUCAACCGCGACGACGUCGAGCGUAUUGUGUUCAAACUUCAUUUUACAAAAGGAGAUCCCGCAUAAUAGGUUUUCCUACGUAUACUAUCCUAAUGCAAACGCUAUGUUCAAUAUUCUUCUUACCAGUGGACAUAUAGAACUUAAUCCCGGUCCAACUACCCAGGAGUGUAAUACUAAUAACCCACAAAGACAUACAAUUCCCUUGAUUUCUGGAACUCGGCAAUCGGGGCCUCGCUCGAAUCGUCCUCCUGCAGAUUUGAUAAUACAUACGCAAUUGGUAAAUAUUCCAAUUAAUUAUCAACUUUCCAACCAGCAACACACUGAUUCAAGCCAAACUAGCCUAUGUUCGAAGGUAAAAAAACAUCUGAACAUUGCCUAUCUCAAUAUCCAGUCUCUCAAUAGACAACAUUAUGCAGAACUUAGACACUUUGUUUAUUCACAAGACUUUGACAUUUUAUCCCUUUCAGAGACUUGGUUGAAUUCCUCCAACUCCAACGCUAGUAUUCGCAUCCUAGGUUACAGCCUCUAUAGACUUGAUCGCCUUACAAAGGGAGGGGGUGGGGUUUGUGUAUAUACUAGGAAUGGACUUAAACUUACACCGCGUAAAGACUUAAGCAGUAUUUCACCUGACAACUUUCACCAAUUGUGGAUUCAACGUCAACAACGCAAACUACGAUCAUUGGUUAUUGGAGUGGUAUAUAGACCACCAGAUUGCCCCAUAUCCUGCUUAAGUAAUCAUCUAUCACCGAUUAUGAAUUAUGUUUUAACUCUAAAUAAGGACGUAUUACUCCUUGGAGACCUCAACAGUGACAUGCUCAAAAACGAUCGUCAUUCUACAGCUUUGGAUGAAUUCUGUGUUAUAAUUAUAACUUGAAACAAGUCAUAGACAAACCGACGCGUGUAACUGGGAAUAGUAAAACGUUAAUUGACGUCAUCAUCCUGUCAAAUCCUAGUAUGGUUAAAGAAAGUGGUACACUUGACUUAACUAUAAGUGAUCAUUACCUUAUACAGGUGAACCUUAAUUUGAGAAAACCUAAACAAAGCAAGUCCUACAUCCAGGUGCGCAGCUAUAAAAACUAUAAUAGCUCACGAUUUGCGGAAGAUAUCGGUAAAUUACCUUGGCAUAUUUUGGAUAUAUUUCAUAAUACUGAAGAAAAAGUGGAAACCUUUAAUGAACAGCUUAGGAAAGCAAAGCGUGAAAGACGGAAUGCAGAGAGGAAAUGGAGAGUGUCUAAGUCAGAUGUAGACUUUGUUAAUUUCAAAGGCAAACGAAACUUAGUUAACAGACUCAUGUGUAAAGCGCGUACAGAAUAUUAUACGAGUUUCAUUGAGGAGAACAGUGGUGAUCAGAGAAAAUUGUUUAAUGCAAGUAAACGCCUGUUUGGUCAACAUCAUGAUGAUGGUCUUCGUCCUAAUUUAAACUGUGAAGCUUUUGUUAGUGACAUUGGAAAGUAUUUUGUACAAAAGAUUGAAAACAUACGGACAAACUAGAUAAUAACAAGAUGCAUGCCUCAUCUAGAGAUUUGCAGAAUACUUCUGUUCCACAUGCCGUCGAGGAGUCCGUGCCAAAGUUUUCGGAGUUUAGUGCCCUUACUGAACUUGAUGUAAAAACUCUAAUUGAUCGUGCUACAUUGAAGACCUGUAAUUUAGAUCCACUGCCAUCAAAGUUGGUUUCCCAGUGUGAUGCAUUGUUUCCCAUCAUAACACGAAUUAUCAACCUCUCUUUACAAACUGGACAGUUUCCACAGUUAUGGAAAGAGGCACUUGUCCAUCUACUCCUAAAAAAGCUGGGUUUGGAAGCCAUUUUCAAGAAUUUUAGACCGAUAUCCAAUCUACCAUUUAUGUCUAAACUUGCAGAGAGAGCUGUGUUUGAAUAGAUGCAUGUUCAUAUGGUAGAUCAUGAUUUGUAUCCACCAGGACAGUCAUCAUAUCGGAAAAACCACAGCACUGAAACUGCGCUGCUGAAGGUGAAAAAUGACUCACUGAUGAACAUGAACAAACAACAUGUUUCACUCCUUGCUUUUCUGGACAUGAGUGCGGCCUUUGAUACAGUAGAUCACGGUAUUAUGAUAGAGCGUUUAUCAUCUAAACUAGGGUUUUCCGGUACAGCAAUCAGUUGGUUCUAGUCAUACCUAUGCGGGAGAUCUCAGCUUGUCACUGUUCGUGGUACUGUCUCUGAUAGGUUUGAUGUGGCCUAUGGUGUUCCUCAGGGAUCUUGUUUAGGACCUCUAUUGUUUACAAUUUAUGUGAGUAAACUGUUUGAUGUCGUUCAGAGGCACUUACCAGACGUCCAUUGCUAUGCCGAUGAUUCGCAGUUGUAUGUUGCAUUUAGACCUAAAGUCGAAUCUGAGCAAUCGGAUGCUGUCAUAGCAAUGGAACGAUGCAUUGAAGACAUUAGGAAAUGGAUGAGUGAAGACAAGUUGCUUUUGAAUGAUGAAAAGACCGAGUUCCUCCUUAUCGGAACUAAACAACAACUCGCCAAGGUUAACCUCGAUCACAUUACAGCUGGAACCACUGAUAUUGCUCCUUAA